CUUUUUCUUCUCUCCCGUUUUUCAGUUUCUCAUGUUUUUUUUUCUUCGUUAGAUCUUAUCUUUCACUCACCGGCGAGUCCAUCUCGCCCCACCGUCGACCGAAGCUCCGGCCACCGCCUUUUGUUCCCUCACUUCCUCUCUCUUCUUCACAGAAAUAUGCCUUCUCAAAAGGUUGAAACGGGUCAUCAAGACACGGUCCAUGAUGUUGCGAUGGAUUACUAUGGUAAGAGGCUGGCCACGGCAUCAUCGGAUCACACAAUUAAGAUAAUUGGGGUGAGCAACACGGCCUCUCAGCAUCUAGCAACUUUGACUGGUCACCAAGGACCUGUUUGGCAAGUGGCGUGGGCUCACCCUAAGUUCGGUUCUCUACUUGCUUCGUGUUCCUUUGACGGGCGCGUCAUUGUUUGGAAGGAGGGUAACCCAAAUGAAUGGACUCAAGCUCAUGUGUUUGAUGACCACAAGUCAUCUGUGAAUUCAGUUGCUUGGGCGCCGCAUGAGUUGGGUCUCUGCUUGGCUUGUGGCUCAUCUGAUGGGAAUAUAUCUGUUUUCACUGUAAGAACAGACGGUGGCUGGGACACAGCGAGGAUUGAUCAAGCUCACCCAGUUGGUGUUACUUCGGUGUCAUGGGCACCCUCAAUGGCACCCGGUGCCCUUGUCGGUGCAGGAUUGCUUGAUCCUGUACAGAAGCUGUGCUCUGCUGGUUGUGAUAACACUGUGAAGGUAUGGAAGCUCACCAAUGGAACCUGGAAGAUGGACUGCUUCCCUGCUCUUAAUAUGCACACAGAUUGGGUUCGAGAUGUUGCUUGGGCACCGAAUUUAGGGCUUCCUAAAUCCACCAUCGCUAGUGCAUCACAGGACGGUAAAGUGAUUAUAUGGACCGUGGCAAAAGAGGGGGAUCAGUGGGAAGGCAAGGUUUUGAAUGAUUUCAAGACACCUGUUUGGAGGGUCUCAUGGUCAUUGACAGGAAACAUACUGGCUGUGGCUGAUGGGAACAACAAUGUGACAUUGUGGAAGGAAGCAGUAGAUGGGGAAUGGCAACAGGUGUCAACAGUGGAGCCGUAGAAUGUCAUUUUUCAGGAUUAAUUUGAAAAUGGUUAGAGUUUUCGUUUUGAAAUAUAGUUGACAUCUUGUUUCUUUGCAUAUUAUACAGUUGAUUAAUUGUGCUUCAUAAUACAUUAGUUUCUCGACGUUUGUGAUCCAUUGAGUAUUUUGUGCGUGAAAGAAUGAAGUUGAUUAGUUUGAGUUGUUUUAAGAUCAGAAGAAUGUUUUGCAAGUA